AUGCAAGCUAAUAAUUUGGUGAUUGUUUCCAACUUUGUGUUUCGCUACCGAGCUGUAGAAAAAAUAUUUGAAAAUCUUUGUCUUGAUAUCUUUUCUACGUUCAUUUCCUUUCAUUCAAUAGCCGUCUUUUUCGAAGAUUCUUUCAUCUAUAACUCAUUCUCUGGCCAUUUCAUUUUACUUACUUUUCCUCUUGUCGACUCUCUCUGUCUGUCUGUGUUUCUCUCUCUCUCUCUCUCUCUCUCUAACGCUCUCUUUCUUUCUUUUUCUAUCUCUCAAUCUUUCUCUCGCUCUGUCGCUCUCUUUCUUUUGUUUUCUCUCUCUCUAUCGCGCUCUCUCUAUCGCUCUCUUUCUUUCUUUUUCUCUCUCUCUAUCGCUGUCUUUCUUUCUUUUUUCUCUCUCUCCCUUUCUCUUUCUAUCGCUUUCUUUCUUUUUUCUCUCUCUUCUGCUUUCUCUCUCUCUCUCCCUCUCUCUCUCUCUAUCUCUCGAACCUGUUUUAACUUAGAAUGA